UGAACGCAUAUUCUCUGUUUGAUCGAAUUUUAUAUACAGCAAGGAGGCAGGAGGUUGCUUUAACGCUGGUAACACCGAUGUAUUAAUGAAUUUGUACGACGGAGAGUGACGCGGGUGUGUUAUGCUAAUCAGAAGGUGCUCAGAAUGCGGGAGGAAGAGCUCGAGAUAUCACUCAAGGUGGUGAUAGUCGGCAACGGCGCGGUCGGCAAAUCCUCCAUGAUCCAGAGGUUCUGCAAGGGCACCUAUACCCGCGACUACAAGAAGACCAUUGGCGUGGACUUUCUCGAGCGCGAGAUCGAAAUCGACGGCGAGGAGGUGCGGCUGAUGCUCUGGGACACGGCCGGGCAGGAGGAGUUCGACGCCAUCACCGCGGCUUACUAUCGGGGAGCGCACGCCUGCGUGCUGGCCUUCUCUGCGACGGACAGGGACUCCUUCGAUGCCAUUCCCUCCUGGAAACUCAAGGUGGAGAAUGAGUGCGGCGAAAUUCCAACGGUCCUAGUGCAGAACAAAAUGGACUUGGUCGAUCAAUGCGUCAUCGAUCCAGACGAGGCUGAACGGCUGAGCCGAGCGUUAGGCUGCAAGCUCCUGCGCACCUCCGUUAAAGAGGAUAUCGGGGUGAUGGGUGUGUUCCGUCAUCUUGCCUCGAGAUGUAUCUGCGAGAUGCGACGCUACGACGAGGAAGACGACUUCAGACUGUACACCACGGUGCCGAGAACUGCUUCCGUUAUAAGUAUGCCUCGCAAGUGUUUGCGCGAUGGCGGCAGAGCCAUUAUUUCACCUUCGAAGCGGAGUCGUGCAGCAUCGGAAAAAGCGCAACGCGCGAAUUUCAAAGGCCGAGAGAAGCCUAGCGCCAACGCGGUCGCGCAGUCGAUCGAGCGCACACGCCCGUUCGGUCGAACACCAAUGCUAUCGAAGCUACGCGGUACCGCUGUACUGUUAAUCCCGUCUUUCAAUUAAUUCUCGCGCUUGCCUGCUUCGCCGCGAGCGCACGCGCAUCCACAAUUACGUUAUUUCGAUUACGCGCGAGCCAAGACGAAAAGAAACGCUUCGGAAACUCGAUAUUCAAUGCCACCGUUACGAUCUACGAGAUGCAUCUCUUGCCAACAGGUUUUAAACUUGAAAUCGCGACGGACUUGCAUGCAUAAAGCGCAUCGCGUAUUAUUGAGUGUGAAACGAUAUCGAACGGUCUCGAGCGUCCCCCGGUUCGAGAACUCAGUUUAGAUAAGAAUGUCCCAUCCGUGCAUAAUCGAUUUCUAAAAGAUUACUCUAUCGUAAAUCGCCAUUAUCAGAGCAAUAACAGUUUGUGCGGCACGAACGUUAUUACCAAGCUUCUACCGGCGAACCGAGUAACGUAAUUUAAUGCUCGGUAGCUCGCCUCGCGCCAGCGUAUAUAAUUUCUCAUUGUGAUUAAUCAUGAAAUCGGGUUUUUUUGCAAUCUUUCCGCUUACGUAUAUGUAUAAUUCAAUUACACAUACGUAUCUAGUUUGUUGAUUUCGUGAUUUUCAGUUCAGUUCAGUACAUCAAGAAACUACGUUAGCCUGUCGAGCUAAACCUAUAAUUACUUUUAAUAAUUAAACGGCUAGUUAUUUCACGUUGUCGACAUAUCGUAAUUUUUUUAUGCUGAAUCACAUGUACGAAAAUCAACGAAAUUUCUUGGUAGUCCUCGGUAUUAAUUCCAUCAAUACCAAGAGAGUAGAAGUCAACUUUGCGCUAACUCGUUCGCAACGGUCAUCAAACAGUAUUUCAAUUACUACAAAAAAUAAACUCACGAUGCACUGCCAUCAAUGUAAAAGGCCGCGAAUAAAGGUACAAAAAUGUCUCCGCAAUUCUCCGUGGCACAAACUUGUGGAAACAACAAGAAGCGCGUGACUCGUGUAACUGUAAUGGAAAAGAAAAUGUAUACGCAAGCGAGCUUUUUUUUCGUGGAGCACGCGAUCACUUUUUUUUUGUGCAAAGUAAACGUGGCCUGAUAAAAUUAGCCAAAGUACCAUAUUUUAGAUUCGUAUCUUUCUAUUGGCGUUGAAAAUCGUUUCCCUCGAACUUACAAACAUGAAAUACGAGAGCUUUUUAACGAACGCAGGUAUUAUAAAUUUUUCACGAGCGAUCACAAUGAAUUAAAAGCUCGGAAACAACUGUAUAACUGUGAUAAAAUAUUAGCGAUCGAACAACGCAGGCGUUUCAUUUAUUCAAUGCGCAAUAAUGUUUUCAAAGAAAAAUGAUUACGCGCACACGCUUAAUUUAGACAUGUACCUUUGACCUUUCUCUUAUAUACUUGACCAAGAAAUUGCUGCAUAGAUACGGUACGUGAAUUUAAUGCUAAUUUAUUCGCAAAUAAUUUCUCGCUUAAUAGCUCAAUGUGCAGACGUUAGGCCACGGGCGAUGAUAAACGUGCACAAUUUUUACACACACAACCCCGAAAUAGUACAGUUGCGCUAAAACGCAGAGUCUACUAGCAAAUCAAUCGAUAUUUCGCUGUUAAUAUUUAUUUAUUCAGAGUAAACUGUAAACGCGCUGUUUUGUGUGCGACUGAACACAUUGCCCCUUGGGUUGUAAACGCGCAUCCCCGGCAAAAAUUAUCAUUGCAAAUUCUCAGUUGUUCCCUAAUUAUGUUUUACGAUGCUGUAGGAUCAAUUCGUCUCUAAAUGAAAUCGCUAAUGAACCGGUAAUUACUAUUCCAGAACUUCCUUCGAGUGUAUUCUAAAUUUUCUUGCGAGGAACAAUCCAAACUUGCAUAUCGAAGGAUCAAAUUGAAAGAGCUAAUUAUCUUGUUGAAUAUAUAGAAAAUAAUUGCACUGUGCGUAAUAAAUUCGAGAACCAACCUCGUAUCAACAAACUCGCUCUGUCGCAUCAACCUUUUGUUCUGCAGCCAAUUCAUUUCGCACGUGUACAGUUUGCGCAAAGCGCAUUAUCGUAUAUAUAUCCACAAACAGGCAAUGCAGUUGGUCACGCGAGGCGCCUCACCCUUUAAUUAUCAGAUGGACAGUAGACGCGCCACGCUGCACGAAUUUCUCAAAGAACUGGGCCAUCGAAAGAUUGCAUUUGCCGCGCAAGAAAGCCUUUGUCGUUAUUAUUACUAUACUUGGCGGAAGCGACUCUAGCAUGCAUUACCAGUGUCCGGUUUUAUCAAGCUGCUUUUUUCUUGUUAUUUAUUUAUUUAUUUAUUUUGUUGUUGUUAUUUUUACUUAUUUUUUGUUACACUAAUUGAUUUCUAGUCUCUGCAGAAAAAUUUAAUUUUAUGGCCUUGAAGAAUAUUUUGUUCAUUAUCUAAAAAGUGAAAAAGAAUUGUUCAACUAGAAAAAGACUAGACUUUAUAUAAUAUAAAAUCAUAUAAUUAUUUCAAAUAUUUUUGGAACAAAUAAUACGAAAAUUAUUUAAAUGCUCUGCAUCACGAUAGACGAUUUUUAUUACCUUUCAUUUUAACGAACGGUGAUCAUUUGUAAAUAUAACCAGUAGGGUUUCUAUGUUUAUUUAAUUCAAUGCUAGAAAUAUGCAGGUGACUUUUAUUAUUUUUCAAGAUAACUUUUAGAAAAUGUGUUAUGUAAUACUUUUAUAUUCCGAACUUUAUUUUUAUUUUUAGAUGUUUAUUCUCACGAAUUAUUAUUACAAAUUAUAAUUUAAUAAAAAAUAGAUAUUUCCUAUAACAAGUUUUCUCUAAAGAUUUGUAUAUAAUUCACGACUUAAUAAUUAUCAAUUCCUCAUUGAUAGCCACAUAUUGUACGUACAGCAGCGUUACCGCUGCAACAUUUUUUUCAGGAUUCCCCGUCGGAAAUAAUUUUGUAUU